UGGGAGUUCACCUGUGCUGGGAUUGGCUUGGGUAAUGAGGACAAGGAGUGGAAAAAUCUGCGACAGCUAUAUAUGCCUGAUCAUACGGAUGCUCGCGAGUUUUGGUUGGAUUUUUAUGCCCUUUCCAAGUAUCCCAAUCGGAAUGAAAGAGGAAUGGAACUGCUG